CUCAACAUUCUUGGUAUUAUUAGAAGUUUCAAGCUAUUUUCAUGGUGUUUAAUGACAUAAGAAUUUAUGGGUCUUUUUUCUCACUUCUCCGAUCAUGUUCAUACUUUGUGGACAUAGAAUCUCGGAAGUAUUUGCUGAUUGGAAGAGAUCUUUAAUCAUAGGGUUAGUUUCUAAGAACAAAAUGGCUUUUGUUGAUGGUUCAUUGGCUAAAUCUGCUACAGACUCACCAGAUUACAAAGCAUGGGAGAGAUGCAACACCAUGCACAUAGGCUGGAUUAUGACUUCUCUUGAGAGAUCUGGGGCAAAGAGUGUUAUGUACUAUUACACAGCCAGAGACAUUUGGUUGAAUCUUGAGGAGAGAUCUGGCCAAUCAUCUACAACUCAGCUGUACCAUGUGGAAUAAGAUCUGGCUGCCCUUACCCAAGGAGAAACCAGUAUAGCUGAAUAUUACACUAAGGCUAAGGCACUUUAGGAUGAGCUUGAUAAUAUUGAUCCACUCUCAACUUGUACUUGCAAUGGUUGCUCUUGUGACACAACCGAAAGGAACCAAAAAUAGCUGCAAAAUCAGAGGAUUAUCAACUUUCUAAUGCAUCGUGAUGAAAGUUUUUCACAAAUGAAAACCAAUAUCUUGAUGAUGGAUUCAUUGCCUACUCAUUCCCAAGUCUAUAGACUUCUAAUGCAGGAGGAAAGGCACAAGGAGAUUAAUCAGAUUACUCACAGUCCUACUGAUUGUAUGGAAUUUAAUGCUGAUAAAAGGAAGUAUAAUCAUCCUAACUCUCACAAACCUCCUUCUUCAGGAAAGAGGAACAACUAUUUCUGUGAACAUUGCAAAAUCUCAAGUCAUUCCUGUAGACUCAAUUAGGAACGGGAACAGCAACAAGAGGAUGGGUGAAUUAUUGUUGUUACUAGUUUAAGCGUUUUUGCCCUGUUUUUGCGGAAUUGAAUAGGAUAAAUAAAGCUUAAACUUAGAGCGAAAUAAUUAAAAGAGACAAACGAUUUUUACGUGGAAACCUUCUAGGCCUAAAUAGAAGGAAAAACCACGACCCCUCGGGAUUUCUAAAUUCUCCAC